AUAUCAACAAAAUAGAUGGAUCGGGUUUCGGAAAAUGCAGCCGAUCUGUGAGCCGAUCCUUUCCUUAAUCUAUUGGGACGCGGGCUACGUCAUACGUCAGCAGCAUGUGUGCCGCAUGCCCCGAGAGUUUUCUAAACGAACGCAAACAUGGAGCGAACGAAAGAGUCAGCUGUGUGGAGGUACUUUAAACUGAACACGCCAACUAGCUCGACGGCAGUUUGUAAUGUCUGCAAAGCUAAUGUUGCCAGGGGUGGUGGUAGUACUGCCAGUUAUAGUACUACCAAUUUAAUUAAGCAUCUCCAGAAACACCACGCAACGGAGCACCAGGAGUUCCAGCAGUUGAGCAGAUCAAAGGGAGCAGGAGGUGGACCUACACAGCAGUUAACGUUAGCAGAUGCACUGCAAAGACGGGAGAAAUUCCCAGGCAAUAGCGCAAAAGCUAUGAGAAUUACUGAGAAAGUGCUGGAAUUCAUGGUUUUGGAUGGACAACCGAUGAGUGUUGUUGAAAACGAGGGCUUCCGACGUUUACUUGAGCACCUGGAGCCACGGUACAAUUUGCCAUCGCGCAAGUAUUUUUCUGAGACCGCACUGUCAGAAAUGUAUGAGAAAGUGUGCGAACACUUGUCACAAGAAUUAAGAGAUGUAGAUGCCAUGAGCUUCACAACUGAUAUCUGGAGCUCGGAGGUGUGCCCCAUGUCUAUGUUGAGUUUAACUGUGCACUGGUUAGACAGGAAUCACACCCCUCGCAGUGCUGUGCUGCAAGCUAAAAACUUCCCCGGAGCACACAACGGUGACACAAUUUCGACUGCCAUUAAGGCAAUGCUUGAUAAGUGGAAUAUUCCGCUCAACAAAGUGCAUGUCAUUCUCAGGGACAAUGCCAGCAAUAUGAAAAAGGCCAUGGAAAAGAUGGGAGUGUGCAGCUUGGGCUGUUUUGCUCACACACUACAGCUCGUUGUUAACGAGGGGCUACUGUCUCAGCGAAGUGUGAGCGAUGCGAUUGCAAACGGCCGACAGAUUGUGAAACAUUUCAAACAUUCUCCACUUGCUUAUUCACGGCUAUAUGACGUCCAACUCCAGAUGCAAAUGCAACCUAAACGCUUACAACAAGACGUCAGAACAAGAUGGAACAGCACCUACUUCAUGAUCCAGAGUCUGCUGGAACAGAAGCACGUACUAGGUGCCUAUGUUGUGGAUUAUGAUCUGCCCACAACACUGACUGCUAACCAGUGGGCCUUGCUGGAGAAAACUAGCACUGUUUUGGAACCAUUUGAAGAGCUGACCAGGAAAAUAAGCUCAUCCACCGCCUCCACUGCUGAUGUCAUUCCAGCCAUCACUGUCCUCAAGCGCAUCCUGACCAAGGAAGACGUGGCAGAUGCUGGCAUUAAAACGAUGAAAAAGACCCUGCUCCAAGCUGUCAAACAACGUUUUGACUCAGUAGAAGAUGAGCUUCUGUACGCCCUGGCCACUUUGUUGGACCCAAGAUAUAAGGACAGAUACUUUACAAGUGAGACCUCUACCAAGCAUGCAAAAGAUGCACUGUUGAAGGAGCUUGAAGACAGGGGCUUGACCAGCACAGCAGGAGCAGCGGAGGCUUCACAGCGACCAGAGAAGGCCCCUCGGAUGGAGACUGCAGCAGAAGCAGUAGCAGCUCCAAGCAAGAGCAGUUUCAUGGAAGCAUUUGAGCAAAUUCUGGAGGAGAGUGAGGAUGCAGAUGCAGCAAGCAGCUCAAGCACUGCAGUUCAACUGAAUGAAUAUUUAGCUGAGAAAACCAUCACUGCAUCAGACAGCCCAUACAAUUACUGGGAAGCCAACAAACAUCGGCUACCUGAUCUUGCUGCUACUGCCAAAAAGUAUCUCUGUGCCCCCUGCACCAGUGUGGAAAGUGAGCGAUUGUUCAGCACAGUUUCCAACACUGUGAAUGACAAGCGAAACAGACUGACUGCAGACAGAGCAGAAAUGCUUGUCUUUUUGACAAAGAAUUCGUCAUUGCUGCUUAAGUGAGCAUUAAUGAGGGGGUGAGACUGCACAAGUUUCAGAGCACCAGGCCAUGAAUGGUGCGAUUGCACUAUGUAGAGACAUGUUUACAUUGCUUGAUUAUUGUAUUUGACCAAGUCACUUGUUUAUUCUCUUGUCCCGAUGCUAUAUUUUAUUUUUAAUUCCACACUGCACUUUCAGUAUUUAGAAAUAAUUUUGAAUGUUUUUUUUUUUUGUCUUCGACUAAGCAGAGCUUGUUUUCAGAGAGCACUUCUCAUUGCUGCUUAAAUGAGCAUUUAGAGCAAAGAACUGUGUAGUCAUGCCUGAUGCCAUUGCCUUUAGU